AUGAUUGCCGUCUCUGCUUUACCGAGCCAACACCCAAAGAGAGCCCUUGCACCCACUCACCUCGGCUGCUUUGCAGAUCUUGUUGAUGGCAAGCGAGCUCUCAACGGUCGGAAUACCGCCGCGGACGACAUGACAGUGGAAAAGUGCGCCGCAUUCUGUUCAACAUAUUCUCUAUUCGGCCUUGAGUACGGCCGCGAGUGUUUCUGCGGCAACGAACGAGAUACCAGCAGCAAAGAGACAAGCCCUACCGACUGCAACUUUCCCUGCUCAGGGGACUCGAAAGCCCUAUGUGGCGCUAGCUUUCGCUUGAAUAUCUACAGCAACCCGAAGCCUACGGUUCAGGGUCCUGCUACUACCUUGCCUGGGAUCACAUCUCUUGGUUGCUUCGCUGAUACCAUACCCCGCCAACUCCCGAGUAAAAGUGUCGCUGAUGGCGGUAUGACGGCAGAGCUUUGUGCGGUUGAAUGCGCUGGCUACGCCUACUUUGGGACUCAGUGGUCUUCAGAAUGCUUCUGCGGAAAUACCGCUCCCGGAAUCUCAGCACCUGCCUCUGACUGCAACAUGGCUUGCGGCGGAGACUAUAACGAGAUGUGUGGUGGCGGCAUGCGGCUGAAUGUCUACAAGUUUGCUCCUACGACGUCAACAGCUGCUGGCGCACUUAGCUCUGCUGCGAGCAACAGCAACGCUCUGUCCAAGUUUGCUUAUAAGUCCUGCUGGGUUGAUAAGCCUUAUGACCGGUCGCUGAAAGCUGUUGACUAUCGCACCAACGAUAUGACCGUCGAAAAGUGUGCAGAGCGAUGCAAGGCCCAUUCAUACUUUGGACUUGAGUUCUCGAGUGAGUGCUACUGCGGCGAUACUCUGGCUGGUCAGGCUGCCCCAGAGGAGGACUACACCGUCGGCUUCUCAAUCCUUGUCUUCGGUUACGUCGUCAGUGUCAUCUUCGUCAUCGACUUCUCAGACCUCUACGUCUGUCUCGACAACGUCCACUUCCAAGACCUCUUCAACAUCGUCAUCGUCAUCUUCGUCGUCGACUUCCACUUCUUCCUCGUCGACAUCGGUAGCCUCUUCAACUUCUAA